AUGGGAGACACAGAACCUUUUCUGAGUGUGGCCAGCCGAAAUCGGAGCAUCGCCCACCUCACAGUCUUCUUCGAGGGCACGGCCAACACCAUUGAGCCAAUAACUACUCAGAUCGGCCUAUUCUUCGCCCUCACAGAUGCUUUCGAUGUAAGCGGUGGGAAUCUGGGUGGAGCGCCGAUUACCCAGCCGAGGAAGAUGGCAUUCGACGGUUGUGGCGUCACUGAUGGCUUCUGCGGCACCAUUUGCGCCAAAGGCUUGCGGAGGCAAUGCGCCGCUGUGCGACGUCAAGUUGACAGCUUGGUGGCGGAACUUGCAUCCACCCACCAAGCUCCUCCUGCGUUGCGGGUCAAUGCAGUGGGCCUCUCGCGCGGAGGGGUUGCAUGCCUGUACCUGGCACAGGCGCUUGCCGACCUUCACAUGUCCACCUGCGAGCUGUCACUUUUGUUGUUCGAUCCUGUCCCUGGUGACUUGUUGACUGUGGCGCAGCUAGACCUUUUUGGAUUCACCAACACGUCGGCCUGCUGCGACGUGUCCAUGUGCCAAUGUCUUGCACGUGUUCUAGCAUUGUAUCCGUACGAGCCCUUGCCUGCUAUCGCUUGUCAUGCCCCAGUGCUUUGCCACUAUCCAGAUCACUGCCUCGUCGAAGAGGAAGUCACGCCUGGCUGUCAUCAAGGGGCGCUGCAAGUGCAUGGCUUGCAGGGGCCACGUCUAGACUUCGACUCCGCGCUGUCCUUCCUGCGCAUACGCCGCUGGCUGAUGGAGUGCGGAACACCGUUAGAUCACAGACACUUGGAUUGCACAGUGUCUGUGAAACCAAUGGAGGAGUACUGCCUUCGGAAGUGCAACCAAGAGGUGAAGCGGAACCGCGCCAGUGUCCGAUCUUCACACACUGCCCAUAGCCACUGGGGUGCCUCGAUCAUCAGAAAGAAGGUGUCUGAGGAGGCGGUGUACUUGAACCAGCACCACAAGCUGCUGUGCAAUGCCGCGGCGCGAAAUGAAGACAGCGACUGGCUGCUGGAAGUAGAGCCUGAGAUGACUCCGUUUCCCUCCGGGCUUCUCUGCUUGCUGUCUUUGCUGGGAUUGGUGACCGUGUUCCCCUUCUUGGUUUCAUGA